GGGCUUUGGCCUCUUGCCCUAAGAAGCGAGUGCGGAGGGAGUGGGAGCGAGACUGCCCGAACGCAAGUGUCUGGCUUCCCGGCGAGGCCCAGGCGUCCGUCCCGCCGCCCAUGAACUCGUUGCCCCGCGAGCAGCGCCGUCGUUAGGCCGUCCCCGUCACUCUCUCGCUCACCCCCAUCCCCGGGCAGCCAUUCCCCCCUACCCACGUCUGGCCGGGGACUGGACGUCGUGUCGAAGCGCCUUCCCCAGUCCGCGUCGCGCUGCGACCCUGGAAGCGGGCGCCGCCGCCAACGAGAGGAGGAGCCCCGGCCGCGGGGCCCAGCAGCCACUGAGCCAGCAGGCGGGAUCGAGGCCGGCAACAUGGCGAGCGCUUCGUACCACAUCUCCAACUUGCUGGAAAAAAUGACAUCCAGCGACAAGGACUUCAGGUUUAUGGCUACAAAUGAUCUGAUGACAGAACUGCAGAAAGACUCCAUCAAGCUGGAUGAUGACAGCGAAAGGAAAGUCGUAAAGAUGAUUCUGAAGUUGCUGGAGGAUAAAAAUGGCGAAGUGCAGAACUUAGCUGUGAAAUGUCUUGGUCCUUUAGUGAGUAAAGUGAAAGAGUACCAAGUUGAGACGAUUGUAGACACCCUCUGUACAAACAUGCUUUCUGACAAGGAGCAGCUUCGAGAUAUUUCCAGUAUUGGCCUUAAAACAGUAAUUGGAGAACUCCCUCCAGCUUCCAGUGGCUCUGCAUUAGCUGCUAAUGUAUGUAAAAAGAUUACUGGACGCCUUACCAGUGCAAUAGCAAAGCAGGAAGAUGUUUCUGUUCAGCUAGAAGCUUUAGAUAUUAUGGCUGAUAUGUUGAGCAGGCAAGGAGGACUGCUUGUUAAUUUCCAUCCUUCAAUUCUGACCUGUCUACUUCCCCAGCUGACUAGCCCUAGACUUGCAGUCAGGAAAAGAACAAUUAUUGCUCUUGGUCACCUAGUUAUGAGCUGCGGAAACAUAGUUUUUGUAGACCUUAUUGAACAUCUGUUGUCAGAGUUGUCCAAAAAUGACUCCAUGUCAACAACAAGGACCUACAUACAGUGUAUUGCUGCUAUUAGUAGGCAAGCUGGCCAUAGAAUAGGUGAAUACCUUGAAAAGAUAAUUCCUUUGGUGGUAAAAUUUUGUAAUGUAGAUGAUGAUGAAUUAAGAGAAUACUGCAUUCAAGCUUUUGAAUCAUUUGUGAGAAGAUGCCCUAAGGAAGUUUAUCCUCAUGUUUCUACCAUUAUAAACAUUUGUCUAAAAUACCUUACCUAUGAUCCAAAUUACAACUAUGAUGAUGAAGAUGAAGAUGAGAAUGCAAUGGAUGCUGAUGGCGGAGAUGACGAUGACCAAGGGAGUGACGAUGAAUACAGUGAUGACGAUGACAUGAGUUGGAAAGUGAGGCGUGCGGCUGCCAAGUGCCUGGACGCCGUAGUUAGCACACGGCAUGAGAUGCUCCCGGAAUUCUACAAGACCGUCUCUCCUGCACUGAUAUCCAGAUUUAAAGAGCGCGAAGAGAAUGUAAAGGCAGAUGUUUUUCAUGCAUACCUUUCUCUUUUGAAGCAAACUCGUCCAGUACAAAGUUGGCUGUGCGACCCUGAUGCAAUGGAGCAAGGAGAAACACCCUUAACAAUGCUUCAGAGUCAGGUUCCCAACAUUGUUAAAGCCCUACAUAAACAGAUGAAAGAAAAAAGUGUAAAGACCCGACAGUGUUGUUUUAACAUGUUAACUGAACUGGUAAAUGUGUUGCCUGGGGCACUAACCCAACACAUUCCUGUACUUGUACCAGGAAUCAUUUUCUCACUCAAUGAUAAGUCCAGCUCAUCGAAUCUGAAGAUUGAUGCGUUGUCCUGUCUGUAUGUGAUCCUCUGUAACCACUCUCCGCAAGUUUUCCACCCGCAUGUUCAGGCUUUGGUCCCUCCAGUGGUGGCUUGUGUUGGUGACCCAUUUUACAAGAUCACAUCAGAAGCCCUUCUUGUCACUCAGCAGCUUGUCAAAGUGAUCCGUCCUCUGGACCAACCCUCCUCCUUCGAUGCAACGCCUUACAUCAAAGAUCUCUUCACCUGUACAAUUAAGCGCUUAAAAGCAGCUGACAUUGAUCAGGAAGUCAAGGAGAGGGCUAUUUCCUGUAUGGGACAGAUUAUUUGCAAUCUUGGAGACAAUUUGGGCCCUGACUUAUCAAAUACACUUCAGAUUUUCUUGGAGAGACUCAAGAAUGAAAUCACCCGGCUAACGACAGUGAAAGCACUGACCCUGAUUGCUGGGUCACCUUUGAAGAUAGAUCUGAGGCCUGUGCUGGGAGAGGGAGUCCCUAUCCUUGCUUCAUUUCUCAGGAAAAAUCAGAGAGCUUUGAAACUGGGGACCCUCUCUGCCCUAGAUAUUCUCAUUAAAAACUAUAGUGACAGCUUGACGGCCGCCAUGAUUGAUGCAGUUCUAGAUGAGCUCCCUCCUCUUAUCAGCGAAAGUGAUAUGCAUGUGUCCCAGAUGGCUAUCAGCUUCCUUACUACCCUGGCAAAAGUAUAUCCCUCCUCCCUUUCAAAGAUAAGCGGAUCUAUUCUCAAUGAACUGAUUGGACUUGUAAGGUCACCUCUGCUGCAGGGAGGAGCUCUUAGUGCCAUGCUAGACUUCUUCCAAGCUUUGGUUGUCACUGGAACAAACAAUCUAGGAUACAUGGAUUUGCUGCGCAUGCUAACGGGUCCAGUUUACUCUCAGAGCACAGCUCUUACUCAUAAGCAGUCUUACUAUUCCAUUGCCAAAUGUGUAGCUGCCCUUACUCGAGCAUGCCCUAAAGAGGGACCGGCUGUGGUAGGUCAGUUUAUUCAAGAUGUCAAGAACUCCAGGUCUACAGAUUCCAUUCGUCUCUUAGCGCUCCUUUCUCUAGGAGAAGUUGGACACCAUAUUGACUUAAGUGGGCAGUUGGAGCUAAAAUCUGUAAUAUUAGAGGCUUUCUCCUCUCCUAGUGAAGAAGUUAAAUCAGCUGCAUCCUAUGCGUUAGGCAGCAUCAGUGUAGGCAACCUCCCUGAGUAUCUGCCAUUUGUACUACAAGAAAUAACCAGUCAGCCCAAAAGGCAGUACCUGCUGCUGCAUUCCCUGAAGGAAAUCAUUAGCUCUGCGUCAGUGGUCGGCCUUAAGCCGUAUGUCGAGAACAUCUGGGCCUUGCUGCUAAAGCACUGUGAGUGCGCGGAGGAGGGCACCAGAAAUGUCGUUGCCGAGUGUCUAGGGAAGCUCACUCUUAUUGAUCCUGAAACUCUCCUCCCUCGGCUUAAAGGGUAUUUGAUAUCAGGGUCAUCCUAUGCCAGAAGCUCAGUGGUUACAGCUGUGAAGUUCACUAUUUCUGACCACCCUCAGCCCAUUGAUCCACUGCUCAAGAACUGCAUAGGUGAUUUUCUAAAAACGUUGGAAGACCCAGAUUUGAACGUAAGAAGAGUGGCCUUGGUCACAUUCAAUUCUGCAGCCCAUAACAAGCCGUCACUGAUACGGGACCUUCUGGAUUCUGUUCUUCCACAUCUUUACAAUGAGACAAAAGUUAGGAAGGAACUUAUAAGAGAGGUAGAGAUGGGCCCGUUUAAGCACACGGUUGAUGACGGCCUGGACAUUAGAAAGGCAGCUUUUGAGUGUAUGUACACACUUCUAGACAGCUGUCUUGACAGACUGGAUAUCUUUGAAUUUCUAAAUCAUGUGGAAGAUGGUUUGAAGGACCAUUAUGAUAUUAAGAUGCUAACAUUUUUAAUGUUGGUGAGACUAUCUACCCUUUGUCCAAGUGCAGUACUACAGAGGUUGGACCGGCUUGUUGAGCCACUACGAGCUACGUGUACAACUAAGGUGAAGGCGAACUCUGUAAAGCAGGAGUUUGAAAAGCAGGACGAGUUAAAGCGCUCGGCCAUGAGGGCAGUAGCUGCACUGCUCACCAUUCCAGAGGCAGAGAAGAGCCCUCUCAUGAGUGAGUUCCAGUCACAGAUCAGCUCCAACCCGGAGCUGGCAGCCAUCUUUGAAAGUAUCCAGAAAGAUUCUUCGUCCACUAACUUGGAAUCAAUGGACACUAGUUAGACGUGUGUUCCACAUGAGGACCAUUACAUUUGACCGCACAGUGCACUGAACCGACAAGUUGACCAUAGACACGGGAGAGAAGUGUCUAGAGCUUCAGGAUGUUCCACUUUUAUUUUCAUUCAUGGGAAGUUUGUUCAGCUUUCUUCCAUUGUUGUUUUUGUAGCUUUUACUUCAGAAAUCUGUAUUUCCAUAAUCCAGAGGUUGUAAGACCACUGAUGGUUUUAGUGGUUAGGGCAACGUUUGAAAUGGGAACUAAAGUUUGGAUUUAUGGAAUGUGGAAAUAGGGUCCAGUAUCUGUUUGCCCUGUAAUGUGUAGGAUUAAAAUGUUAAAACUUUAUGACCAUGGAUUUCUUGGUUUUGUAAAUUCUCUCAUUUAAAAUCAAUUCUGCAACACAAAGACCAUGUUUCUUUCCUUGUAUAACCUCUUCUUUCAGUGACAUAAAAUGAUUUUAACUGGCAGAUAAAGAGUAUCCAUUUAAGAUAUGCUAUAUUUCGGAGAGAUUGGCAUCGUCACAAAGAUAAUAAAGUACCACUUUAUAAGGCUUAACAAUAUCCCCUUGUACACACUGAUUUUGCAUGACCAGGUUUACAAAUAUGUAUUGUCUGUAACAGCAUGUACAGAUUCUGCACAAUACACCAUAAAAUAAGCAGUAGUGCGAUGUUUCAGAUACUUCUGCACACAAACGGUUACCUGCUGAGAGAGGAGUUAAUGUGGGAACUGGUCGUCUAACUGCCAGUGUGGAUUUACAGAUGUUUUCGGCAAAUCAAGUCACAGCAAUUUGCAACUUUUUACUAUUAUAAAUUAUCUUACACAUUUAAGUAUUUGGUUUUCCUUAGUUCCACAUUUUGAGUUCGUGUUUCCAUCUAGCAGGUCUCAAAGCCCCAGACUGUUUUAUUCCUGUUGGGAAUCUGUCUGCAUUUGUUACUGAAGGACAAAACCUCACCUGCACUUUCAGGUUCUGUUUUUAGGGAAUUUCUGAAGUUGUCCAUCAUUCGUUUUGUUAGCUAAAGCUUUCUUUGAGUUACACCCCCACCUCCCCAGCCCAUCUCUUGGCGAGCUAACUUCCCUGUUGUCUUUGGUAAGUGUUGAGUGUUUGCUGGGUUAGCAAAGCUUUUGCAGGUGUUUCCAUUAUAGUCGAAGUUCCAUCCAACAUUCUGUGAGCUCGCUUCACACUAGGCCCCUUCAUGUCUGUGGUGUUUUGCCAACAGGAAGAGCUGUUCUGAAGUCAGAGCACGUAGUUCUGUGCACAUGUGGUGUACAUGUGUGGAGGGAGGCAGGUAUUAAAUUGAGUGAUCAGUUUCAAGUAAGUGCUCGGCUUAACCUGCACCGUUAGAUGUAAAACUGCAUUUAAACACUUGUCCGGCUCACAGACUUGGGUGUGGUAAGGUGGAAUGCACAACUGUUCAGGUCAGAACAGACUGGCUCUUAGAUGAACAGCUUGACGGUGAGUGUCCAGUGGUGCCGAGGACAUUGAUUGGUGCUGGUAAGGACUUUGAUUAUACAUUGGCUUAUUAUAUGAAGUUGGUGCCAUGGCAAAAUAUGUAUGGCAGGUGAUAAUUUUAUACCAUAGUUUGCAUAAAACUAAUAGGAAUUUAUUUUAGUACAUUGUGCACUUUGCGUUACUAUGGUGUAGGUGUUGUGGAUAAAGCUCAAUCCGGGGUUGUGAUGUGGUCUCACAGUGGGGUACAGUACAAGCUCUGGGCCUGAAAGGAUUUUGAUAAUGUGUUUCAUGACUGUCUUAAGUUAAUUACCUAGAGCUAAACCCAUAAACUUUCAUCAGUCCCCCCUAUACCCGUGGUUUGUUUUGAAUUCAAGACAGGUUAUGUUUUGUUUUUCUGAGUCUCGCAAGUCCACUCAUUUUCCUAUAUCACUAAAUUCUUGAAUGGAGAAAAUAGUGCUUUAAUGGUAAAGUAUCACAUUACCUAUACAUACAGAGCCAAGGAAUUAGACACCUCUAUACACAGGCCAUCUAUACACAAGGAAUUAGACACCUCUAUACACAGGCCAUCAGGGGGAAGAGUGCUCAAGGCCUCAGUGCCGAGUCACACUGAUGCUGUGCUGAUGUGGUCCAGAUCUGGACUGGGAGCAGCAGACCACCACACACACUAGAAAGGUAGAGCUUCUGCCUGGCAGUUCUCCACCCAGGAGCGUCGUAAAGUCAGUGGUGUGAGCGAGUGAGCCGAUAGAUGGUGGCGGUUCUUGGGAAUACAUUGAGGUUACUUUAGAACUAUAUGGAGUUUUUAAAAAGCUUAAUAUGUGUUGAGUUUUGGGUUUAGGCUGUCUUAUUAUAAACUUAGGCAGGAAUAAGUCUAACCUAAGAAGUUAUUUAUAAAGUUAGUAGGAUUGAAUGCGACUAUUUUAAAUUGUAUAUUUUAUUAGUGAUAUCUAAAAGCUGCUCAACUGCUAGCAGUUAGGAUUCUUAAAAGAUUGGAAUAUGAUGGCUUUGUUAAAUGUUUGUAUAUUUACAUAAUUUAAUCAUAAUUAAACAACCAAAUGAGUCCUUUUUAGUCUUCACAUUCCUUGGGUAAACAAUAACAUAGGGAAAUAAACAAUUCUAUGGGAUGUUUUGAUAUUUUUGUAUCUAGCUCAGCCUCAAACGUGAAGCCAUGAUUGAAGUUCAGAAUGUUGAAGUAUAGAGAAUCCUCAGCUGCUGAAGAAUUUAAUUUCCUUGUUCCUAUGCCUUCAGAGCCACACUAGGCACAUGACGAAGUGAAGUGUAUAGUAAUGCUUUCUAAUUGGAGCAAUACUUUCUGCCCACAGUAAGGUCCAGUGCUACUGCCCAAGAAGCUGGGGCAGGAGAUCAUGAGUUCAAGGCCAGCUUGAACUGCAUAACAAGACCCUUUCCCAAAUGGUGUGUUUGUGUGCAUGUGUGAAUAUAAGUCGUCAAAGUUAAGUUUUUGAUACUUGGAUGUGAAAGUUAAAAGUUUCAACAAGUAGCAUUCAAUUGUAGCUUCUACUUGAAAUUUCAUUUUCACUUUUAAGCUAUUGUCUUUAAUCUCUGUCGAGUGGAAAACUGACAUUUGAUUAUAAAACGGAACACAGUGGACAUGUGCCAGCAGCUGUCCAAAGCUCACCAGUUAUCACCAGGAACACAAACCAAGAGUAGCUUGGUUUCCUGGUAGUAGCAGUAAAUGUUUCGUGAGGACCUGCACCAUGUUUUUAGUAACAUGGUUUUGUUCUUUAUAUGUUGGAAAGCUUGCUUAGAACAUCUCCCAAAAAGGAUUUGGUUUUCUUAGGGCAUUUUUAAAACCAACUUUGAAAAUAUCAAAGAGGUACUACGUGAUUGUACUGUCGGACUUAACAACAUCAGUGAGUCAGAUUCGGAGAGAUUUUAUCUAGUAGGUUAAGGUUCUGGGUUGAAGCCGUCGGGCCUUUAAAUUCUAGUAUCAGAUCUUGGGGUGGUUUAGAAUGUUGGUUUUGCUCAGGUCUUCAGAAGAGAGAGACGAGGAGAAAACUUACUUGAAACAAAAUUCUUUACCCUUACCGCCGAGGGUUUCGGGGAGGUUGGGACUAGCCUUUUUAGUCACUUGUCCGUGCUUGGUGCUCAUUGAGUGAUUUGGAAAUGCUCACACGGGGAUGAAAAGCUAUAGAGUUGUACUCUGUAUGAUACAGUAGCGGCCCAUGUGUUACUAUUCUGUGAUAAGCUAUACUCUGGAAAGUUGCUUUGCUCGUUUCAUAGAUUUUCACAUUUAAACAAACUGCAACUGCUUGUUAGACGAGGGCAGCUCAAUGUGUGUACUGUACUCUGGUGUUAAGACGUGUAUCUGCUUGCAAUCAUUGCCAUGUGUAACCAAGCGAGGCUUUCCUAAGAGACGUGGAAAUAAACUCCUGGUUCCUUA